AUGGUUGACGACAACCCGAACAACAUCACCAGCAGCAAGGGGCAAUAUCUGUGGCGGCAGCGCAUUGCCAAGGAGCGGGCCCACUUCCGGCCCAGCGACAAGGCGGACUUCUCGGUACGCAGCGCGUUGAGGAUCUUGGACGUACCGGGCCGCUUCAAGCCUGGUCAGAUCAAUCCUCAUGACCAAGGGCCUGUCCAAGGCCUGGACUCCGUCACGGAGCGGCUGCUGCGGGCAGACGUGGCCGCCAAGCACCGAGUCCCGGCGGAGCAGCUUCUGUGGCCGGAGACGGAGCAACACCAGGUGGGAUGGCUGGCCAAGGCCAACGGCCCAGGCCUACCCUACGAAGAGCGCAGCACCAUGAGCGGCCUCUCCCCGCGCCUGGGCAUCGGCUGGAUGCACGGGGACGCCCAGCCGGCGAAGGUGGCCGGCCUCGCCCACCAGCCGCUGCUGCCGGCAGUGGUGCAGUCCCCUCGAGCGGCCUUGAAGGAGGACCUCAUCUCCAAGUGGACGGGCAUGCGCCAGGACGUGCGGAGCGAGACCGCGCAGGUUCCGUCCAUACCAGCUCUGCCACCUCCAGUGCCACAAGUUCCGACGCCCAAGAACCGCCGGCAGGUGGUCCAAGCGGAGGUGCAAGCGCGGUGGCAGGUGUUGCAGGAGAACUGGGAGGAACAGAAGCAGAAGCGGAGGGAACGGAGGCGCCUAAAGAUGGCUGCGCCGAACCCCCAGGCGCCGGCGACCAGCGCGCCGACCCCGGCGGCCACUCGCCUCCCGCCGCUGUCGCGCUUGGGCAAAGUCUUCGCGCCGGCGGCGUGCGCGGGGUUCCACCGCGCCGAGCACUUAGACCCGGAGGACGCUUGGGGCGGCGAGGCAUUCGCUGUUGUGCCCAGACCCAGCGCCAGGGAGGACCGGCAAGUCGCGGCGGCCGCCGACCGGGGAAGGAACUUCAUGAACAGACCCGGGAACCCGUGGUUCAAGCCAAAAGGCAGCUCGGACGUGGUGGCCUUCGGGAACGCCUACGCCAAGAGCUGGGGCAAGAGCGUCUUCUGCCGCAAGGCGCCCAUUCCGCCAAGUGCGCCCAUGCCAAUGCCGAGCGCGGCGGCGGCGGCGGCGCCGGGGCCCCUGCCGACAGAAGCGGAGAGCUGA